GCAGAGGAUCUUGAUUUUGCAAAGGUUUUCGAGUCUUGUUCUGCUCUCGAGUACCUCCUCUUUAACCUCUUCAAUUCCGGGUUCUUUGCUGAAGAAGGAUUUGAAGUACCAACAAGGCUUCCCUUUGAUCUUAACAGUGUCAAGCGAUUUUACUUGCCUGAUAUUGUGCUGAUUGAACCAUCAUAUGAGCUCUCAUAUGCUCUUUGCUUGAUAAGAAGCUUCCCAUAUUUAGAGUAUCUCGAAAUUAAGGCUGACUGUGAGGAUGAAGAGGAUGAUAGUAUUCUAGAAUGCUUUAAACUCGAACAUUUCUCAAACGUGACAUUUAAUCACCUCAGGGAAGUUAAGUUGGCAUGCUUUGUAGGAACCACACCUGAGAUGCAACUCAUCAAGCUUUUAUUAGCCAAGACCCCUGUGUUGCUGAGAAUACUAAUUGAUACACGUUAUCUACAUGAUAAACCUCUUGACACAAGAUCAAAAAUAUUUGCCGAGGUCUCAAUUUUUUUGCGGGCAUCACCUAAAGCAGAAGUAGUCUACAAAGAUUUUUAAGUAGAUCAAUUUUUGGCUUAGAAGUUGAAAUUGAAAUGAGAGAAACAAAGGCUGAUGUAUAACAGUAUAUUUUGCUUGGGAACAUGAGCAUUGUUAGAUGUAUGUUUUGAUUAGUUUGUUCUGUAAUAACAUUGUCCCUACAUGUUUUAAGGAUUUUUACAUUUACUGCUUGCGCAUGAAUGAGUUACUGAAUACGUAUUACACAUGAAUUGACACUGUGAUGGCUUAUUGAGGCUGGUGCAUAUAAUUAGCUUUGUGUUUGGAAGCUCUUGCCUGCUUGAACUAUUGUUUCAACCAGGGGCAGAACUAGAGGUUGCCGUGGGGUUUCACCCGAACCUCCUCGGCAAAAAAUUAUGUGGUAUAUUUAGGGUAUUUUUAAGAAUUUUUAUGUCUAAAUAUUGAUUUUGAACCUCCUAAAUAUAAGAUUAUAGGUUGGUUUAGUGGUUGAGGGGUUCAAAACUUACCUUGAGGUUCCAAGAUUGAGUCUUAGUCACUACUCUUUUUUUUUCCGAACCCCCUUAAUGAAAAUUGUGGAUCCGCCACUGGUUUCAACCAUUUAUUGUUUAACUAACCCAUGAUUAGCAAAGAGCUGCAGAAACUAUGAUUAGGAGUUUGUUAUAGAACCUAUGAGAUUGACAACUUCAUAUGUGGCCUACAAGAUCUCGUUCUUCACCUUCCAUUUAGAAAGAUAUACAAAAUUGCCUUCUUCACUUUUCACGUGUUUGCAGCUGAGGUGUCUAAACCUUCAUAAUUGCUCAAUACAUCAUCCAUCGGCUUUUCAAGGUUUUGAUAAGUUAAUUAGCCUUGAACUAUGAAGAGUCACAGUUUCUUCUGAAUUGCUGGAAAUUUUAAUAUCUCAUUGCCCGUUGCAUGAGCAGUUGAUGCUGGAUAUCCCAAAAAUUCUAAACAUUAUUGAAAUUGAUUCCCCCAUGCUGAGAUUGUUUGAUUUCACUGGCAAUAUAAGCUAUCUGCCUAAAGAAUGUCCCUCUUCUGGUAAAAGUAUUCUGGCAGGUUACGAUAUGAGGGGAGAUGAUAUUGAUUUCGCAAAGGUUUUCGAGUCUUGUUCUUCUCUCGAGCACCUCCUCUUCAAAUUCCUUAAUAUCUGGUUAUUUGCUGAAGAAGGAUAUGAAGCACCAACAAGGCUUCCCUUUGAUCUUAACAGUGUCAAACGAUUUUACCUGCCUGAAACUAUCCUGGUGGAGUCAUAUGAUCUCUCUUUUUCUCUUUGCUUGAUAAUAAGUUUCCCAUACUUGGAAUAUCUCGAAAUUAAGGUUCUUAAUGCUGACUCUUCUCUUUCUUUCUUAUUUGUUGAUUAUUUUUCGUACUUUGUAGAUCCUCUUGUAAUCUUUCUUAGGUUCACUGUGGAGAUGAAGAGGAUGGUUGUAUUCUAGAAUGCCUUGAACUCGGACGUUUCUCAGAUGUGACAUUAAAUCACCUCAGGGAAGUUAAGCUGGAAUGCUUUGGAGGAACCACGAUGCAACUGAUCAAGCUUUUGUUAGCCAUGUCCCCGGUGUUGCUGAAGCACACAAAAAGGACAAGGGUAUUUCAGAUCAACCCCGAGUGUUGGUUCUUGGUGAUUAUUGGUAUAUGAUGCCUCCUAAUGAAAGAAACCGUUGUCAAAGUUUAACUCCUGACAUCCUCACUGACCUUCCUAACAAUGUAAUCGAUAUCAUUCUGAUGCGGUUGCCUUGUGAAGAAGCUGUGAGGACAAGCAUCUUAUCUAAAAGAUGGAGGUAUCACUGGUGUCGACUUACAAAGUUGACACUAGAUUGGUCUCUUUGGAGAACGGAAAACGAUUUACUGAACCCUACAUAUAAGUUUACAGAGAUUAUCUCCCAGAUUUUAACCCUUCAUGAAGGACCCCUGACUGACUUUACCCUUGAAGUUGAUAAUCUAGAAAGCUGCCCUGACAUUGGCAGCUUCAUAUAUAUCGUCUUGAGGAAUAAUAUUCAACGUCUUGUUCUUCACCUUCCAGAGGAUAGCAAAUUGCCCACGUCAGUUUUCACAUGUUCGCAACUGAGGUAUCUAAGUCUUCGUAAUUGCUCAAUACAUCAUCCAUCGGCCUUUGAAGGAUUUGAUAAGUUAAUUAGCCUCGAACUGUGUGAAGUAACAAUUUCUUCUGAAUUGCUGGAGAGUAUUAUAUCUCAUUGCCCGUUGCUUGAGCAGUUGAUUCUGGAUAUCCCAAAACUUUUAAACACAAUUGAAAUUGAUGCACCCAUGCUGAGUUCGUUUGAUUUCACAGGCAAUAUAAGUUCUAUCUGCCUAAAGAAUGUCCCUCUCCUGGUAGAAGUAUCUCUGGCUGGUUACCAGAUAAUGGAAAAGGAUAUUGAUUUUGCAAAGGUUUUCAACUCUUGUUCUGCUAUUGAGUACCUCAGCUUGAAUAUCGCUUGUGUCUGGGCAUUUGCUCAAGGGGAAUACGAAGCACCAGCAAGGCUUCCUUUUGAUCUUAACUGUGUCAAACGGUUUGACCUGCUUGAACUUGCGCUGGUAGAUGCAUAUGAGCUCUCAUUGUCUAUUAGCUUGAUUAGAAGUUUCCCAUACUUGGAAUAUCUCGAAAUUGAUGUUUACCAUGAAGAUGAAGAUAGUGGUACUAAAGAAUCCGAUGAACUCAAAGGUCUGUCAGACGUGACAUUUAGUCACCUCAGGGAAAUUAGGCUAUACGCCUUUGUUGGAAGAACAUCUGAGAUGCAGCUUAUCAAGCUUUUGUUAGCCAAUUCCCCGGUGUUGGAGAGAAUGCUAAUUGAUCGACGUCUUCUAGAUGAUGAUUCUCUUGACACAAGACUAAAAGUAUUCGCUGAGGUAUCAAAUUAUUCGCGUGCAUCACCUAAAGCAGAAGUUCUCUACGUGGAUUGGAUAAGAUCACGUUCUUUGGCUUGGUGUUAAAAUCAAAAAGAGAAACAAACGUCAAUGUAGCAGUAUAUAACUGCUGUAUUUUGCCUUGUCCUAAUGUCUGUUCCAGAACAUGAGCAUUGCUAGAUGGAUGUUUUGAUUAAUUUGUUUUGCAACAACAUUGUCAUUACAUGUUUAAGGAUUUUUUUACA